UAUCAUUAUUCAUUCCUGCGGCACAGCUGGUGCCAAAAAAAGCGCUCCAAGCACAGCACUUGCGCACCUGGGCUGCUCUCAACCAACACAGCACGACGAUGAGCCUCGACGACGACUUCUGCGUCGCCAUCGCGCACAACGGCACGAUCGAAGGGACGACAGAACACCUCGACUUAAAAACGCGGUGCUACGACGAAGCGCUGCAGUGCGAGCGCCUGGAGGAGCUGAAACGUGAUCUAGAGUUCGUCGCGAGCCCGCUUGUCCCGCAGGACACCUUCUGGCUCGGCGCGGGCGAGAGCCCGCGCUGCGCGCUCGAAGCCGUGGCCCUGGAGAUUUUUAGAAAGCACGCCGCAGCGUCGCCGCAUGCCGCGGACCCCAAGUCCGGCGUCGAGUGGUGGGCCCAGGUCAAGGACCCGACGGCAAACCAAGAAGCGGCACGGGAGGUUUGCUUCCACUGGGACAAGGACGAGCAGGCGCACACGCUGCACGGCAUGUACGUCUUCCCGCAGCUCGCGACGGUGACGUACCUUUCUGAGGGGGGCGCGCCGACGGUGGUCCUCGACAAGCGACCGGACUCGUUCACGGGCGCCAUCGCCGACGGCCCCGUCGACGCCGCGGCGGCGUGCGCGCCGCGCGUCGGCCGCCACCUCGUCUUCGACGGGCGUUGUUUGCACGCGGCGCCGCGGGCUCUCACUACGAGCGGAGGAGGCAAGCGCUACACGUUCCUCGUCAACGUGUGGCUGGGCCACCGGCCGAGCGGCAUCCGGCCCUUCCCGGCGGCGGCGCUCGACAAGCUCACGCGCGACGGCGCCUCGAUGCGCUUCGGCGCCGCGACGACGCCGACGCCGGACGAAUGUUCGCGGGUAGCUACCUUGUCGUUCCCGCUGGCGCGCUCCGGCACGCGACACGUCGUGCGGAUGCGAAGCCCUAUGAGCGGUCACGACUUCGUGGACCUUGGCUCGUCGGCCGUGGCAUACGUGGAGGUCCGCGUCGACGAAACACCCGCCGUCGACGGCGCUCGUAGUACUAGAGCCGCCGCCGACGCCCUCGACGCGUGGCACGCGGCCUGCGCGCGCGGCGACGGCGACGCGCUCGAGGCCCUCGCGGCGGACGCGUUCGUCUUCUUCGGCACGGCGGCCGAGGAGCGGUGGGCGCGCGACGCCUUCCUCCAGUACGCGCGUCAGAGAUUCGCCACGGGGAACACGUGGGCCUACACCGUCGUCGCGCGGCGCUGCGACGAAGUGAGCGACGGCGUGGUCGCGUUCGACGAGGUGCUGAACAACGCGAAUCUCGGCCGGUGCCGGAGCACGGGCGUCAUAAUUGGCGGGAAGCUGGCUCAAUACAAUCUGUCGCUGCCGGUGCCGAACGAGCUGAUUCUCGGCGUGGUGGAGAAGAUAAGGCACACGAUCGAGCUGCUCCACGUCGACGCGUCGCUCGUCGUCGUGAAUAAGCCGCGGGACCUCUUGUCCGUGCCGGGCCGCCACCCCGACGCGCCGGCGCCGACGAAAAAGCGGAAGCGCGCCGGCGAGUACUGGGAGGAGGCGCUGGCGCGGGCGCGCGACGAAGCUUCUGCCGAGUCGCUCGCGGGCCGCCUCUUGAACGGCGUGGGCUCGCUGGCGUCGAUCCCGCGGCGCGAGGACAAGUUCCGGGCCCACGUGCAGCGGGCGCGGGGCCGCGUCGGCGCCGUCGACGACGCGGCCGUCGGGACGCUGUGGCGCGAGCUCGACGACGCGGCCAAGGCGCUGGCGGCGCCCGACAACGAUGAAGAGGCGCCGAACGCGCUGGCCCUCGCGCGCGCCGCGGCGGGCGACCGCGACCUGCGGCCCGUUCAUCGUCUUGAUUAUGAGACUAGCGGCGUCCUGGUCUUCGCGCGCACCACCGCCGCCGCAUCAGCGCUGUGCGCCGCCUUCCGCAAGUCGACGGACGGCGACGCCGGCGACACGCGGAAGACGUACGUCGCGCGCGUGGCCGGGCGGCUAAGUGGCAGCGGCGAGUGGACGGCCGCCAUCACGGCGGACGCUGUAGCACGGCAAAAGGACGGCAAGCCGCGGUACCGCGCGGCGGAAGAAAGUGAAGAGGGCGCGAAGGGCGCCCGCACGCGCUGGGAGGCCCUGGAGAGCGGCGACGAGACGUCGCUGCUCCGGCUCGAGCCGCUCACGGGCCGGUCACACCAGCUCCGCGUCCACUGCCUCGCGGCGGGGCACGCCAUCGUCGGCGACCCGCUCUACGCGACACCGGGCGGCGGUUUAUGUCUGCACGCGGCGUCGCUCGCGCUGCCGCAUCCGGAGACUAGCGAGCGCGUGACGUUCGAGGCGGGGCGGCCGUUUGUUUAACUUGUCAUACUUAUAAA